AUGUCUCUCAAGUGUAUUGGAUCAUUCCAAGGAGUGAACAAUUCUCAAUACAUAAUCGUCGCCAACGAGCAGAGCGAGGAGUACCGUUGUGGGUUAUUGACGACAUCUCCGGAUCAGACCAUUUCCAUAUACUUCUCCAGAGACUCUUUAUGUGACCUGCUAAGCGAACACGGUGCCUUCGAAUCGUAUAAGUUGAAGCCAGUUCAAUCACAGAGCGUGGCUUCAUCAUGUCAGUUUCCCAUUUGGUUACAAGGAGAGUACGACACCCUUACUGUCACAGCCGACUGGUUGCAGUAUGCGCAAGGUGUUCAAGGCACGGUACCUGUAUUAUCUAAGUGUGUUCAAGUGAUGGACGAUCGUGUUCUUGUUUAUUCUAUAACGAAAUGCGGAGAACCUUUGGGUUAUCAUUGUCUGUGGUUCGCUCCUCGUAGCGAGAGCCUUAUCGAGUUCAAAACUACCAUUCCUCAAGUAAACCUCUUCCCAAAUGCCUGCAGUGCUGACAGCGAAUUUGCUCAGUGGCCGUGGACAGCUGCAGUAACCAAUAAUAUAAUGCCAUCUCCAUGUGGAAUUGUUGGAAAAUACUCAACUCCACCUGAUAUACGCACCCAGGAGUGCUAUAAUGUGACUGUUGAUUGUGAGAAUCGAAGUUUGAUGAAGAUUACGGCAGCCCAUUGCUCGACGGAUACAAUCUUCGAUUCUCGGCUGUAUCAAUGCAUUGCUUCGUGGAAGGAUGAGAACUCUCUGUAUACUUACGCUAUAAAGGGUCAAGAAACCCAUUCAUGCUUCGUAACGAAGUUCUCGUCCGGUCAAUUGUACAUGGCUUCAACUGGACCUCACUGUGUAAGGAACUUCAAUUUUUCCGCUAAUGCCGAGAGAACGAUUGUACUCGAAGAAGAAGUCAGCUGUGAUUCGCUACAAAAGCAGAAACUUUCAAGGAAGCCAGCUGGUAGUGUCAACCAGCUGAGGUCAUCUCAAACGGUACAGGUAGACUCAUGGUUGGAGAGUGCUAGUGUUCCACCGAUCGGAAAAUCAGCAGUAGACGACUUGCAAUGGACAUCAGAUCCGACUAAUGCGGCCGUGCGAACCCUAAACAUAGUACUACUCGUUGUAAUUUAUGUUUGGUACCUAAUCUAA